AUGACAUAUCUCACAGGUGCCGUGGCACUCGCCAUAGCAUGCCAACUACGGCUGUCCCUUGCCGCGGGAAUAGCGGCCCUCGAGGCGUGUCCGACUACUGAAACCAACUUCAGCGCCACCAGCGGUAUCAACUAUAACAUCUGCCGCGGCACGGACUACGUCGGGCGAUCAUCGCAACAAAUAAAAAAGAUCAACACGCUAGAGGAGUGUGCUUCAUUGUGUGCAGGAAAUGGCCGAUGCUUGAAGGCAGUCUACGACUCCGCCGGGAAAGUAUGUCACAUCAAAUCGAACAAUGACGACCUGACCUGGACGGACGACAAGAAUCUCGAUGUCAUCUACAUCAACAACGAAUUGCCUGAGUUGACGGACAUUGCCACAUGCCCCUACAACCAAACAGCUUUCGCACCAGAGUCGGGGAUCGACUACUUCAUCUGCCCGGGGACCGACCUCCGUGGUAACAGCCUGCGGGAAAUCGAAGACGUUGACAAUGCAACCGACUGCGCCAGGCAAUGCUCGGCCAUCGAGACUUGUGCCAAAGCUGUCUUUGAUACGGUUGACAAUGUCUGCCACAUCAAGGGGCCCGAUGACCAGAAUCAGAACACAUUAAUAUGGCAUACCAACAAGAGAUACACCACCAUCAAGCGCAAGACAGUCUACAACCCUGCUAUUCAGGGCAAGUGGUCCGACCUGAUCCGCCUUCCCCUCAUUCCAGUCGCCGCCUACAUCGUGCCCGCAUUCCCAGCCCCCGAGCGCAUGCUCUUCUUCUCGUCUUUCAGGGAGUUCGACUUCACGGGAGCAACAGGCAAGACGCAGUUCGGGGACCUCAACCUCGGCACAGGCGAGGUGUCCAAGCGUGAGGUCGCCAACACCCGCCAUGACAUGUUCUGCCCUGCCAUCUCGUCGCUCGAGGACGGCCGAAUAGUGAUUCAGGGCGGUUCAGAUGCCGAGGCCGUCAGCAUCUACAACCCAGAGACCAACGAGUUCAUCCGCGGGCCCAACAUGACCGUUGCACGUGGCUAUCAAUCAUCCUGCACGCUCUCCGACGGCCGCAUCUUCACCAUCGGCGGGUCAUACUCGGGCGCCAGGGGCGGCAAGAACGGCGAGGUCUACGACGCAGACAGCAACGAGUGGACCUACCUGCCCGACGCGGCCGUCGAGGACAUGCUGACCAACGACGUGGGCGGUAUCUGGAGGACCGACAACCACGGAUGGCUGCUUGGCUGGAAGAACGGGACUGUCUUCCAAGCUGGCCCCUCCAAGGCGCAGCACUGGUACGGCACAGAAGGCAAUGGCUCCGUACUCGAUGCUGGUGUCCGUGACGAUGACGAUGCCAUGUGUGGUGUGUGGGCCAUGUACGACGCCGUCGCCGGGAAGAUAUUCUCGGCGGUCGGCGCGCCUGACUACACCGACAGCGACGCCAACAACCGCGCACACAUCACCACCAUCGGCGAGCCGUGGGAGCCAUCCACGGUCGAGAGGAUGCCGGACCCGGCCUACCCUCGCGGAUUCGCCAACGCCGCCGUGCUGCCCGACGGCACCAUCCUCGUGACAGGGGGCCAGAAGCGGUCCGUCGUCUUCACGGACACAGACGGCAUCGUGUACCCCGAGCUCUUCGACCCAGCGACGCAGACCUGGGCCCAGAUGGCGCCGGAGGCCGUGCCCCGCAACUACCACUCCAUCUCCAUCCUGCUGCCCGACGCCACCGUCUUCAGCGGCGGCGGCGGUCUCUGCUAUGUCAAGUCCAUGACCGCCGACGACUCCGCGUGUGACCGCACCGUGGACCACCCGGACGGCCAGAUCUUCAGCCCGCCGUACCUGUUCAACGAGGACGGGUCCGCGGCCACCCGGCCGACCAUCGACACGCUGUCCGCGACCAAUGCCACCGCUGGCGCCACGAUCAAGGUCGUCGUGCAGAACGAGGAGGCCGCGGGCAACUCGUCGCUGGUCCUCGUCCGCCUCGGGUCCGUGACCCACUCCGUCAACACCGACCAGCGCCGCGUGCCGCUCGUCGACGUGACUGUCACGGGGACACAGAUGGCCGGAGAGGUCGCCGCGGACGGAAGCCUGGUUAACGCAAGGCCAGUCGGCACCGAGUACACGGCUGUCUUGCCGGAUGACUAUGGGGUGCUGCUCCCUGGGUUUUACUACCUGUUUGCUUUGUCUGCCAGCGGUGUUCCCAGUGUAGCCAAGACAUUGCAAAUCACUUUGUAA